AUGGUAAAACCUUCAACUUUUAUACAAAAACAAUCUAAGAUGUUUCUUACACGUUCUGAGUAUGACCGAGGUGUCAACACAUUCAGCCCGGAGGGAAGGUUGUUCCAAGUGGAAUAUGCAAUUGAAGCUAUCAAGCUUGGCUCUACUGCUAUUGGUAUUUGUACCUCUGAAGGAGUCGUUUUGGCUGUGGAGAAGAGAAUCACUUCGCCUUUGAUGGAAUCUACUACUAUUGAAAAGAUUGUGGAGGUUGAUAGACAUAUUGCUUGUGCUGUGUCAGGACUGAUGGCUGACUCUAGGACUCUAGUGGAGCGUGCUCGUGUGGAAAGUCAAAACCAUUGGUUUGUGUACAAUGAGCGUAUGAGUGUGGAAUCUUGCGCCCAGGCUGUAUCAAACCUUGCAAUACAAUUUGGAGACAGUGAUGAUGAUAGUGGUACAGCCAUGUCUAGGCCUUUUGGAGUUGCUGUUAUGUUUGCAGGCAUUGAUGAGAAAGGCCCUCAACUGUUUCAUAUGGAUCCCUCUGGAACCUUUGUCCAGUAUGAUGCUAAGGCUAUUGGUUCAGGCAGCGAGGGAGCCCAGCAGAGUUUAAAGGAGGCAUAUCAUAAGUCCAUGACCCUCAAAGAAGCUAUUAAGUCUGCUCUCACGAUCCUGAAGCAAGUGAUGGAGGAAAAAUUGUCAGAAAAUAAUGUGGAGGUGGUCACCAUGACCCCAGGUUCACUGUUCCACAUGUUUACGCGGGAACAGCUGGCUGAGAUGAUAGCGGCGAUUCCUGAAUUGCAGUGGAGUGAAACAAGCUCUCGGAACACUAUACACGAUUUGUCCAAGUUAAGACUCGGCAGGCAAACCGUGUGA